AUGAGCAAAGUUUUAUCCACCUUCUCACCCUGGAGUCGGCAUAUAUCAAAGACGGUUCCUUCAUGCCGUUAUUUCAGUGAGACAAUAUCACCAAGAAAGGGAAUACCGAGACUGGUAGCAGUAGCCGAGGAAUACACUACCACUGAAGCAUUCCGCUCACGAUCAUUCGAACUCGAGAAGCCAGUCGUCUUUGGUAAAGACCAGGGUUCACCGGCUGCUAAUCUGCCUGCGUUGGAAAACUGGUUUAUAGACGAGGAAGACCCAUACUACACAACCUACACAGACACCCCACGGCAGCCUUUGUCAUGGCACUUCCGGCGCUUUCGCAAUCCCGUGGUCACUUAUGAGAUAUACGCUCCAUCUCAGAAGCAAAAAGACAGCCUUGUGAUGUUUCGAGAUUCUCUUGACAGAGAUAUCCAUGAUGAUGCCAUUGUGAGGAGUUGGGACAACUGUUUCAAUCAGGAGGCUGUGGUUGACGGUGUCCUCGACGAUACAGUCAACAAUACAGCCAACAGGGAUUUCUAUCGAUUCACUGCACCUCUCCGUCUUUUCAAUAAGAUAUACCACUUCAACAGAGUUUUGCUGAGCAUGGGGCUUCCCAGAAUAUCAGUCUACAUUGCUCAGUGCCCUAUAGGGGAUCUCCCCAAGACCCUCCAGGACGACCUUCCCACUCCAGACAUUAUCAAGUUUGUUGGGAAGGGAGAUGUGUAUGACUCUAGCAUAUGGCUCGGCAUAGUCCCGACAUACACACCUCUACACCGAGAUCCAAACCCCAACUUCUUCUGCCAGCUGUCCGGGAACAAGACAAUGGUCGUUUACGAACGGAGGACAUGA